UUACAAAUUGGUACACAUUUAGCUUUAACAGAAGAGAGAAAUUAAGACAAAAUCAUGGCUGCAACUGCUUCUCCAAUGGCUAGCCAGCUGAAGAGCAGCUUUGCAAGAGGCUUGCUUACUCCUAAAGGUAUUUCUGGUUCUUCAUUUAGAGUCUCGCCCACUAAGAGGACCAGUUCCUUCACUGUCAAGGCAAUCCAAUCAGAGAAGCCAACUUACCAAGUAAUUCAACCGAUCAACGGAGACCCAUUCAUCGGUAGUCUCGAGACUCCAGUAACAUCAAGCCCAUUGGUAGCCUGGUACCUCUCCAACUUACCUGCAUACAGAACAGCAGUCAACCCGCUUCUCCGAGGAAUCGAGGUCGGUUUGGCCCAUGGGUUCCUUCUAGUAGGCCCAUUUGUAAAAGCAGGCCCAUUAAGGAACACAGAAUUUGCAGGAGCAGCAGGGUCAUUGGCAGCAGGAGGAUUAGUAGUAAUUCUGAGUGUUUGUUUGACAAUGUAUGGAGUUGCAUCAUUCAAUGAAGGUGAGGCUUCAACUGCUCCUGGUCUGACCUUGACUGGGAGGAAGAAGGAGGCUGAUAAGUUGCAGACUGCUGAUGGGUGGGCCAAAUUUACUGGUGGGUUCUUUUUUGGUGGGCUUUCUGGUGUCACUUGGGCUUACUUUCUUCUCUAUGUUCUUGAUCUUCCUUACUUUGUAAAGUAGAGAUUAGAAUUUGAAUGUUGAUUAAUUCCUAUUUGUCUCUCAAUGUAUAUUUUCUUAUUUGGGAUUAGACAUUUUGCAAAUGAAAACUGCAUAUUUGUUUCUCUA